UGGCCUUUUUCAGAGGAAUAAAGUGGCUCCGUUCGCGCAGCGGCUUUUGUGUCAAUUCAGGGCGCCAUGGGUGACGACGACUAACGGGCGACUCUUCGUAUUUCUCCCUGAUUCCCCUUCCCGUGGCGUGGAAAAAAAAGAGACGCUUUUCACUGCAUUUUCCCUGAAGAAAAAUUUCCUAAACGCCGAGGAAGAAACGGAGGAGAACGAGAGAAGAAGAAAAAUAGUAAAUUGAACGUGCGCGCGUUUUUAUUACAAGUGUGCAUUUUUGUAGACGGCGUCGGGAAGUCGUCGUUGUGUGAUAAAAAGUUAUUUUUCGGAACUGGAGAGGGGAACUGGCGUUGGAACUUCCGAUCCAGUGAAGUGGGGUUUGGGCUCCGCGCAACACACUUAUGAGUGAGGAGGCUGAAUCCCCGUUGCGACCCGGCUGCUCGUCGGAAACCAACAGCGCGAAACACCGGAAGUACGGAAGCAAAUGCAUUUGGACGAAGGAUGAGGAUGAGAAGCUGAAAGUGCUGGUGGACAAGUUUGGCGAACGAUGGGAUGUAGUGGCGAGUCUCGUCGGCUGCGGCAAGACGGACGUGCAGUGCCAGCAUCGAUGGCAUAAAGUCGUGAAUCCGGAGCUAGUCAAAGGACCGUGGACCAAGGAGCCUGGUGCCUUGCGUCGCUCGCCCCGUGGCUCCUGCCUCUUGAUCGCGUUUCCUUUGUCGGAAACAGCUGCUCGCGCCGGAAUAGUCUGCAUUGUUGAUAUGUUACCAGGUGAGAGGACGAGGCAGGUGGGCCCGACUUCACCUAUUGGUAGGGGAGGAGGAGGAGGUUUUGCUUGA